CCGGCCGGGCAUCUCCACCGGCGGUGGCCCCGCGACCCCUUCUCCGCUCGCAGCUGCGGGCACAGCUCCGGCCGCCCCAGCAGAGGCGGUGCCGGCGGCCCCGGGCGCUCCGCGGCGCGUUCCCCUCCAAUCGCGGGUCCGGGGCGGGGCCCGGCGGUGACAUUGAGGGGCGCCGAGCAGGGCCGAGGCAGCGCCAUGUGGGGCCGCGCCGAUAGGGCUGUUAAACUGCUGGGAAGAAAUAUUCCCUCAAUUCUAAGGAUGACUGAAGGAGUGGAUCUGAAGAUAAGCAGAAGGCUUUGCAUUAAACCCCAGGAAGGAAGUAAACUUCAGUCAAAGAGUCAGUCUCCUUUGAGGGUGCCUGGAUACAAGCCUACAGACUGGGAGAAAAGAUUUUUGUUGUGGGCAGGCCAUUUCAAGAAACCAGAGGACAUACCAGAGACUGUCUCGAUUGAAACAGUCAGAGCAGCAAAGACCACACUGCGUGUGAAGUUCAGCUAUGUAAUGAUUGCCUUGACAGUAGUGGGAUGCAUCAUCAUGGUGAUUAGAGGGAAGCAGGCUGUAAAAAGACAUGAAACUCUUACAAACAUAAACUUGGAGAAGAAAGCCCAGUGGAGAGAGGAAAGUACUGCAUCUGCUAAACCUUAAAAGAGGAAAUGAAGAGCAAGAACUGGGGAAGAAAAGCGAAGUCCUUUUCAGCACUGAAAGGAGGAUAUAGUCACAUCUUUCCUGUAUAUUAGUUCUGUACACUCACAUUCAAGAAAGAAUGAAUACACUAUCCAUUAAUAACUAAACCCAGAAAUCCCUA